AUGAAACAUUUUCUCGAAGUAUAUAAUUCCUCAACACAUUCUACAACAGGACAUACACCAAAUUCAAUGACACAACAACAAGAAGAAAAGUAUAUACAAAAGAAACGAAGCCAAACACAAAAUAUCAGAAAUUCAACACAAUUUACCCUCAUUCCUGGUACAAAAGUUCGUGUAGUUCUUGACGACAACCCGUUGACAAAGAAACGUUUAAGGUUAAGUAGAAACUAUUAUAUCGUAGACUCUACGCGAGGUAAUGGAUAUCUUAUAAAAGCUGCUGACGACUCUAUUGCGUUUUACCCUCGUCAUAAAUUAGUCGAAAGUAGUAAUGGCAAACUUGCUGAAACCAUUGACGAAGCAAAGCGAGGAGUGGUUAUUGAAAUACUUGGCUAUAACAUAAACGAUGACACUUAUAAAGUAAGAUAUGAAGGAGGCGUUGAAGAUGUUAUACCAUCUAAGAACUUGAGAGAGUCAAAGCCAACACAUCUGGGACCAUUAGAGCGGGAGUACUGGAAAGACAAAAAUAUGCCAGAAAGAAUAAGAAAAUUCUUCUAA